GCAGGAGACAGUCGAGCUUCUGCAGUUAAGCCAACACGAUGUUCUGGGCGGAUGUCAUUUAUGUUGGAAUACUUUUAUUCUGCGUAUUUGUCGGUCAUUUGUACAGAAAAAUCGAGUGUAUCAACGUGAAACAAUGGAUGUGCACAAUCAUGGGUUUCAUUCUGGCUACAAUCGUUUCUGGACGUCAUGUAAUUCACCCUAUAAUCUGUACUCUGAUUAAUACGAUUAUCAUAACCAAGCUCUCGUCAAAGAAAUGUCACCUGGCUAGCUUUACAUUUUCAUUCGUUUAUUUACUAUUUAUAUUUCGAUUAGGAGAUUAUGUUGGUUUACCAACAUCGCCAUCUCACACGAAUCUUGUUCUCAUGAUAUUAACAUUAAAAUUAUCUGGAUUAGCUUUUGAAAUAAAUUCAGCUACUAAUCCCCCAACUAAUGAUCCAGAAGGAUUGAAUUCUGAAGCAAUAAAAAAUGUUGGAUUUUUGGAUGUAUUCCACUAUGGUUUUAGCUACAUGGGAAUCUUAACUGGCCCAUAUUAUCGAUACAGAACAUAUUGGGAUCAUUUGCAUAGACCAUUUUCCAAAUAUGUGGAUCCAUGGCCUCUUACAUUGUAUAAACUUAAACAAAUUGCAUGUUAUGUUGUAUUAUAUCUCGUGUUAAGUGAAUUAUACCCUACCAGAUAUGUUCUGACAGAGGACUUUGCAGAGCGGGCCUUCUUGUACAGAUACUUUUAUAUGUAUCCCACUUUUCUUACCUUUAAAUUAAGAAUGUACAUUGGUAUGGCUCUUGCUGAAUGUGCUUGCCAAAUGGCUGGACUCGGAGCGUAUCCUGUAGAAAGCAAACCAGCAAUAGGAUUAGGACCACGAGAUUAUAAAACUAUUGAAACUUUAUCUACUGUGCCAGACAAAUUGAAAGAUAAAGAAUUCAACUUCGAUACCGUAUAUAAUAUGAACGUUUGGAAGUUAGAAAAAUGUCAUUCCACAAGGACAGCUAUGAAAUCAUGGAAUGCAUGUAUCCAAUAUUGGAUGGGUGUUUAUGUAUAUAAAAGGUUUCCAUAUAAAAGUUUACGAACUCUUGCCACUUUUACACUCUCUGCUGCCUGGCACGGUUGGUCAGCUGGUUAUUAUAUCUGCAUUUGUCAAAUUCCUAUAUUCUUGUUGAGCGAGGAUAUAGGUAUGAAAUUUUAUCAACAGAGCGAAGAAAAUAGCUUGGCUAAGAAAGGAUGGCAGUUGCUUUUAUGGUAUGAGAAAACAACCUGUAUGGCAUACUUGGGAGUACCAUUCUUGUUGCUAGAUUUUGGAGAAUCAUUACAUUAUUACAAAAGCGUAUACUUUGCUGGACAUGGUGUAGCAAUCGCACUUUACAUAAUUUUCCGCUUUUUGAAAGCGAAAACCCAUAUAGAAUAAGGAUAAGAACAAAUAAUCUGCUACGUUAGUGUUUAAAGCUGCAUGCACAUAUUUUUAAUUAAACGAAUUAAUUCCAAAUCUCUCGAAAUAGGUUAGGGUAUUUUUUGUUAAAUAUUGAAUUUUUACGAAUUAUAGUAACAUUUAUCAAUAUGUCAAUACUACAAUUAGAUUGUUAAGAAACGUACGUAUGACACAUUGUACACUAUGGUUGAACUAGUCAAUAUGAUAAUGAAAAUAUUCUUAU